AUGCCAGAGAGCUGGAAUGCCUCCUCCAACAGCCUGGAGGUGCGUGCUGCGGGCAUCAUCGUGCCAGUGGUCUUCUCCCUCAUCUUCCUCCUGGGCACAGUGGGGAAUGGGCUGGUGCUGGCCGUGCUGCUGCACAAUGGCCAGGUGAAGUACAACACCACCAACUUGUUCAUCCUCAACCUGGCCAUGGCAGACCUCUGCUUCAUCAUUUGCUGUGUCCCCUUCCAAGCCACCAUCUACACACUGGACGGGUGGCUCUUUGGCCCCUUUGCCUGCAAGGCUGUGCACUUCCUCAUCUACCUCACCAUGUACGCCAGCAGCUUCACCCUGGCAGCCGUCUCUGUUGACAGGUACCUGGCCAUUCGCUACCCACUGAAAUCCCGGGAUCUCCGGACCUCCUGGAAUGCAGCGGUUGCCAUCAUAGUGAUCUGGACCCUGUCACUGCUCUUUGCAGGGCCCUACCUCAGCUACUACCAGAUUGUCCACUACCACGGGGUGCCCAUCUGUGUCCCCAUCUGGGAGGACCAACGCCGGAAGAUCCUGGACAUCCUCACCUUUGUGUUUGGGUACCUCCUGCCCGUGGUUGUCAUGAGCUUGGCUUAUGCCAGGACCAUCAAGUUCCUGUGGACCUCCGUAGACCCCAUCGAGAGAAUCUCAGAGUCCCGUAAGGCCAAGUGCAAGGUCACCAAGAUGAUUGUGGCUGUGGCCAUAAUCUUCUGCCUCUGCUGGCUGCCCCACCUGGUCAUCCUAUGCUUUUGGUUUGGCUACUUCCCCUUCAACCGAGCCACCUAUGCCUGCCGCCUGGCCUCCCACUGCCUGUCGUAUGCCAACUCCUGCCUCAACCCCAUCGUCUAUGCCCUCAUCUCCAAGCAUUUCCGCAAGAAGUUCAAGCAAGUCUUCACUUGCCUCCUCUUUCAGAACAAGAGCAGGAAGAAGAAGAGAGCUAGCAAUAAAGUCCACGUAACCAAUGUGGCCAACAAUGCUGCAGGUGUGUAUGGAGGUAACACCGAGGUCACCCAGAUCCAGGAGGAAAAUGCCAAGUGCUGCCAGGGCCCGCUGCGGAAAGGCGCUGAAGACACCCAUUUCCCUGAGGCAUGGACUCAUCAGCUACAGGAUGCCACUGUCUCUGCUCAGAGAGGACUGCUGGCUGAAGAAAGUUCUGUAACAACUGGCAACCCACUGGCUGUGACCUCACCAGGGAGACCUCAGGGCCUGCUGACAGUCCACUGAUAAUAUAAAGCAAGAGGAGAAAUGCAUAAUCCAGUGAGGGAGUCACCCUUCCACUCCUGAGUAUGCGAGCAGAUGGAACGAUGUAGCCACUGGGAAAUUGCACUGCAGUGAUGGCUAAUCUUAACAGUGUCAGCUGUGGCUUCUUUCUGAUUGUUCCACCCCUACCCACGUGCCUGUACCAUUCUUGUGGGAGCAGUGGAAUCCAUCAAUGGAAAUUCAGAAAGUAGGAGCAUGCUAACGUAAAAACGAGAGACAUGGAGAACUAGACACAGCAUGAUCACUGGGGAAAGGACUGGACUCCCACUGCCUAUAUUGAAAGUAUGUGGCGAGGAGAAGGGGAAGGAGUUUUACCACCAUGUACGAUAUGACACCACACAAUUAACUGUGUGAUCCAGUGUAAGGCACUGCCCACAUGUUGGGGUUCAAGGAUCUGAACUUCCCUCUUGAGAUUAACCAGAUUAACUAGCCCCUUGAUAAGCCCUGUGUGUGUGUCUAUUGCUCACAGUCACCCAGGGGGUUCCCCCUACACAUUUAGGCCUACAUUUUCAACAGUGCCCACUAAUUUUGCAUGGCAUCUUGGGUACUGUAAAAUUGAGACGAGCAAAAUUGACGUACCCUGUUUGAAAACAUAGGCUGUAGUGUCGGUAUCAGAAUGCUGGGGGGAGUGGUUGGAAGAAUGUGUGUAGCUAUGUGUGAAGAGAGUUAGUCAUUUUGUUUGGACUAGGGAUGGGAAUAGGAUCUCUGUGUGUGUAUG